UGGUGCUUCGAUUCAUAAGAUUAAUUCUUAAUAUGGUUAUAUUGCACGACCAGCAAUAUUACGAGAAUCGAAAGCCUCAACCCGACUUAGGUGCUUUCCAAAAUUUCUUGCGAUUUAUCUGGAACAAAGAAAGAAAAGCAUUUCUCGAUAGAACAGCAAAAGAAUGGGGACAAUUAUUGUUAUUUUACUUGUGUUUCUUCACUGUGUUGGGAACAAUAUUUGCGAUACAAAUGAAGAUCAGUAUAGAUUACGCAUCUAAAUUAGAUAAACCGCAUUUUCAAUACUUUGUUGCAUCUAAACAGUCCGGGCUACCAAAUUUUCCACUUUUCCGUGCGCCUUUAAAAUUUGGCAGUCCAGGUAUUUCUUUUAAACCAAGUAGCAUUUCGGCAGCUUCUCCCAUUAUCUCAGUGAGCCACUCAAACAGCAAAGCCAGACCAAAGAGAUACAUUCGAGCCUUGACCGACUUUCUUCAAGAGUACAAUACGAAUGCAUCGAAAUAUGAUGUUAGUUGCCAAGAUAAUUUUCGAUGGAAUCGUACUCAGAAGCCGUGCUUUUUUAACGUAAAAAACCUCGGAGUAUGUAGCGAGUAUCCUUACGGAUAUUCGAACCCUUUGCAACCUUGUGUCCUUAUUAAAUUUAACAAACGGUUUGAUUGGGUACCUAAUUAUUAUAAUCAAACCUCAAGGUUGCCGGAAAAUAUACCAAAGAACUUGAAGAAAGCAAUACAAAAAUCGAAGAAGUUUUACAUUUGGUUAUCGUGCGAUGGAGCAAACAACGUCGACAAAGAGCAUAUUGGAGAAAUACAAUAUAUUCCAGGGCCAGGAUUUCCAAUUCAAUAUUUCCCAUUUACCGGCCAUUCAAACUAUCUUUCUCCCAUUGUUGCGUUACAUUUCAAAAAUUUAACACCAAACAGAUUGGUUACGGUUGAAUGCAAUUUAUGGGCUUUUAACAUCGAACAACGAUCUCGAUAUUCAUUAGACUUCCAGAUAAUAAUAGGCAAAUGUAUGCUCUUUGCAAUGAGGGUAGCCCUAGUUUGCUACAACAGUUAUGCUAGCUUUGUAAUUCCCAGUUAA